AUGCCAAUCUCAGAAGUGUUCCGACUCGUCACAAAGACGCACAUAGUUGAAUGUAUUGUUGCGACGGUCUUAUUUUUGUUAUCUUUUGUGAUGGAUUUCAUGAGUGGCCACAAGAUGGAUAUUCCCCAAGAGCGCUCGAACCCUAAUGUGUCCUUCAAAAACACGACGAACACGAUCCCAUCACUUGUGUGUUUAAUUGCGUCACUUGCUCUACCAACCGUUUUUAUAGUUUUGUUUUCUCGGAAACGUGGGAAUAAGACGUACCUGAUCACUGUAUUAAUCUGCUUCUGGUUUUCUUUUGCUCUCAACGAGUUUUUGACAAACAUUUUCAAGCUCUUUGCGGGUCGUCCUCGUCCGAAUUUCUAUGCAGUGUACGAUGCCGGAGACCAAGCGGAUGCCUACAAAUCCUUUCCAAGUGGUCACUCAUCGAUGACGUUUUGCGCGAUGAUGUUUUUAUCGUUGUUGCUUUGUGGCGAGUUUAAAGUGUUCAGCGGGAGUGGGUCGCUUCUGAAAGUAGUGAUGUGUAUAUCUCCGUUGAUUCUGGCUGGUUUUGUUGCUUUAACACGGACACGGGAUUAUUUCCAUAACUUCGAUGAUAUUCUUGGGGGUGUACUCAUUGGGUCAAUUAUAUCGUUCAUAUGUUAUACAACAAAAUUUAAAACGUUAUGGGGGAAUAAUGCGGGAGACAUCGAUGAGGAUCAAAUUGAAUUUGAUGACGGAUUUGCAGUAUAA